AUGGAAAACCAAGAAGUUUUGAGAAGUAAGCCACUCUCCUAUGAAGCGUCGAAGGCAGUGCUGAAAUCAUUGAGGCUGGAAACGAGAGAAGCCAUCAACAGAAGGAUUCCGGAACUUCGCAAUGUCAACUCCCGCUUACCAUAUGUUUUGGAAAAUGUAGUCAUAUCAGAUGACUUUUUUGAAACCGACGGAAGACGAUGGAUCAUAAGACCAGUCUGGGUACAAAGUUCUGAAAAUCCAUUAAGACAAGUUGUGGAUCCUGAAAAGAGUGAAGUGGCCAUUUACCAGGAUACACAAAAUUCUGAUAAUCCCUUAAAGAAAGUUGUAGGCCAAAGAAGAAGAACAGCGACCAUUCGCCAAAACAAGCCACGUAAAGAGACUUACUAUUCUUUGAAUAAAUCCCCUGAAGAGAUUUGGUACCAACUAUUUGAUGAGUACGUAAAGAAUGGGACAGUUGUUAGAGGAUCCCUUCGUUUUAGUGGAAUUCCUGAAUUUAUGAAAAGAAAAAGUCAGAACGAAGUGGAUUUGAAGAUGAAAGUAACGAAUUUGGAGUUGGAUAUUUACGGAACAAAUGACUAUGAUCAUUUUUUCCGGUUUAUUGAUUUGGAUGUGUUGGAAAAUGUCAAGUGUGUUUUUGGACGAAAUUCGCUAGCAAUUCUUGAUAAGCCAGAGAUCAAAACUUGCAAGAACCUCACCGUUGAGUUUUGUUUUGGCAGCCGACCGGCCAACUUCUCAAACGACAAACUCCUUCGUCUUCGCAAUCAACACCUCCAAUUAGAAAAUUACGGCCUCACACUUCAUGAACUGCAACUGUUGGUGCAGGACUGGAUUACCGCUGGUCGUGAUAUUGGGACACGCUUCAGUUGGGAGCCGCGUACAUUCGACGACGUUGUCGAUCAUCUGAAUCGCUUGAAAACGCAUUUCGGUGGUGUUGAAGCGGGGUCAAAUCUUGACUAUUAUUUCUCCAACAAAAAAAUUCAUGGAAAUGUUAUAACUCUCAAAAUGGGAGAGGAUCGUGAGCUCGUGAUGUACCGCGGAGAGAGCAAGACUGAUUAUCUAUCUAGGACUUUUGAAAUGGAGGUUGUAGCGAGCAUCACUGCAACUGGCACCGUGCCAACUUCUGAUGUCUGA